GCGCCCGAGCCGGACUUCUUCUCGCUGCACACGCGCAAGCCCAAGACCAUCGACGUGGAGAUGCUGGACUACGGCUUCGUCGAGCGCUGCACCGACCUGGACGAGCUCAAAGGGAUCCUGGCGACGCUCCGGUCGGGCAAGGAAUGGCGCUACCCUGACCUGGAGAAGGCCACGGAAAACCGCAUUCUGGCGGUGCUGCCCGAGCGAGAGCGCACCAAGAUCGUGCGGAUGCGCUCGGGGCCGAGCGCCAACGAGCUGACCACUGAGAUCGACGAGCUCGCGAACUGGGCAGCGGCGAUGGACCUCAAGAACGAGGCACUCAAGAAACAAACGCCGAUCCAGCGAGAGCUACCGCCUGUUCGAGGACAGAAGUCAUCUGAGGACACGAAGUCAAGUCUGGCGCGAGCCCCUGUGAACGUAGACAAGAGCGAAGAGAAGAAAUCCAAGGCGAUCCCAGCGUACGAUUUCAGGUCUUGGGAGAAGUACGACGUUGACAAGGCUCUGGAGGAAAUCGACGAAGAGAGUGAGCGGGCGGGCGAGCAGGCGAAAAAACAGCGAGAAGAGCUGGAGAAGCGAGCGGCGGCACGAAAGCGAGAGCUGGAGUCGCUUCCCAAGUCGGUGGAACUCGAGAAACUUGAGCCGGAAACACGAAAGUUGUACGCGGGCUACGAAAAGCAAAAAGGGAACGACUGCUUCAAGGCGAACGAGCUGGAGAUCGCGCUGCUGCACUAUACUCGCAGUAUGGCAUACGACGAUACCGACGCGAUCCUUUACGCCAAUCGUGCAUUGGUUCAUCUCCGCCUGAAGAACUUCGCGGCUGCGGAAGAUGAUUGCACGCGCGCCAUUCUACUCGAUCCGGGAUACAUGAAGGGGUGGAGUCGUCGAGGAAUGACUCGCUACCGGAGGGGC